AUGGCUACCGCAACUCCCAAGCAGAAAGUGGUGGUGGUGGGUGCCGGUCCCGUGGGAGCCCUGGCAGCGUUGUACGCUGCAUCCCGAGGCGAUGAAGUCGAAGUAUAUGAGUUACGUGGAGAUCUCCGCGAUCCCACCACUGUGCCGCUAAACUUUACCAAGUCGAUCAACUUGGCCAUUUCAGAGCGCGGAAUCAACUCUCUUCGUCAUUCAGAGCGACCAGGUCUGAUUGAGAAUGUACUCCGCGAUACCAUCCCCAUGCAUGGGCGGAUGAUCCACGGCCGAGACCGAGGGCAGCUCUGGGAGGCUGCUCAAGCCUAUGAUGUUCAUGGUCGGGCUAUCAAUGCUCUGGAUCGCAGCGCUCUAAACAAUGCUCUACUUGACGAGCUAGAGCGCGAACCAAAUGUCAAGCUCUUCUUCAACCACAAGCUGACAGGCGCGGAUUUCCGGACUAACAAGGCCUGGUUCGAGCGACGCAUCCCCGGCGAGACACCUCAGCCCGAUAACCUAGGCGUUGCCGGUCGUGUACCAGAAAUCGAAGUUUCAUAUGACUACCUCAUCGGCGCGGACGGAGCACACUCCGCCUCGAGAUUCCACAUGAUGAAAUUCGCCCGCGUCGACUACCAACAAGAGUACAUCGACACACUAUGGUGCGAAUUCCGAAUUCCACCCUCGGAGGAUGGAAAUUUCCGCAUCUCCCCGAAUCACCUACACAUCUGGCCGGGCCGCGAAUUCAUGUUCAUCGCGCUGCCGUCUGCAGAUAAAUCUUUUACCUGUACAUUAUUCGCGCCGUCGGUACAUUAUACCGCGCUGGAGAAAGCGCCAGAAGAUCUACACGCUUUCUUCGAUCUGCAUUUCCCCGGCGUAUGCCCAGAACUGAUUGACCCCGAGGCGUUGAGCGAGCAAUUCAACGUGAACCCGCAUCUACCUCUGAUCAGCAUCAAAUGCAAGCCUCAUCAUUUCAGCGCCAGUGUGGCUAUACUGGGUGACUCUGCACAUGCCGUCCUCCCCUUCUACGGCCAGGGGCUAAACGCCGGCCUCGAAGAUGUCCGCGUUCUCUUCGAACAUCUCGAUAAACACGGCGUCUACGACAAGGACGUUAGCGUCUAUACCCGGGGCGUGAGACGCCAAGCCGCCUUCCAAGCAUACACCGAUCAGCGCUGCGAAGAUACCUAUGCCAUCAACAAUCUGUCGAAGGAGAAUUAUCUCGAGAUGCGUUGGGGUGUCAAGUCCCCGCUUUACAAGCUACGCAAGUCUGUUGAGGAAACACUUGAUCGUCACCUCCCGUCUCUGGGGUGGAGGACGCAGUAUGCGCGUGUGAGUUUCAGUAAUCAGCGGUACUCGGAGGUUGUGCGAGCUGUGGCGAGGCAGAGUGAGUUGCUUGGUAUGGGUCUGAGUGCUGCGUUGGUUGCUGGCGUCGGUGCUGUGUCGAUAUUGAUGUGGAAAUAUCCGCGGUGCUUUUCGCCAGUGCAGUUUUUCCGGGCUUCACUACGGUACUUAUCUAGAGCGUUGUCAUAA